AUGUUAGAAACAGUACCAAUCCCGGAGCCUUCAGGGCUGCCGCUUCUCGGCAACAUCAACGAGAUCGACCCUGAAUUCCCACUAGGGUCGAUGAUAUCGUUGGCUGAUCAGUAUGGUGAGGUCUACAGAUUGCGCUUCCCCGGCCGAACCAUUGUGGUCGUCUCAACACAAGCCCUGGUGAAUGAGACGUGCGAUGAGAAGCGAUUCAAAAAAUCAGUCAAUUCGGCAUUAAAUGAAAUUAGAGAUGGUGUACACGAUGGCCUUUUUACAGCAAAAAUGGGCGAAGAGAAUUGGGGCAUCGCACAUCGCGUUCUGAUGCCUGCAUUCGGUCCCCUAUCUAUUCGUAACAUGUUCGAUGAGAUGCACGACAUUGCAACACAAUUAACCCUGAAAUGGGCACGAUACGGCCCUGAAUCGCAGAUUAUGGUGACCGAUGAUUUCACACGUUUAACACUUGAUACCCUUGCCCUGUGCUCUAUGGGCUACCGAUUUAACAGCUACUACUCGCCUGUUCUUCAUCCCUUCAUCGAGGCUAUGGGCGACUUUCUGGUUGAGGCUGGCAACAAACCCCGUCGACCACCGUUGCCUGCUAUGUUCUUCCGCGGGAGGGACCAGAAGUUCAACGACGAUAUUGAAAUCCUCAGAAGCACAGCAAGAGAGGUUUUGGAGUCACGAAAGGCGGAGGGAAGCAAGAGCACUCGUCGCGACUUGCUCACGGCUAUGUUGGAAGGAGUCGAUUCGAAGACUGGAAAGAAGAUGACGGACGAGAGCAUCAUGGACAAUCUGAUUACCUUCUUGAUCGCCGGACACGAGACAACAUCCGGUCUUCUCUCCUUCGCCUUCUACCAGCUCUUGAAGCACCCUGAGGCGUACCAAAAAGCGCAGCAAGAAGUCGACAGCGUUGUUGGAAAGGGACAGAUCAAGGUUGAUCACCUCUCCAAGCUCCCCUACAUCAACGGCGUCCUUCGUGAGACGCUCCGCAUCAACGCCACUAUCCCGCUGUUCACUGUUGAGGCUUUCGAGGAUACUCUUCUUGGGGGUAAGUACCCCGUGAAGCAGGGUGAGACCAUCAUCAAUCUGCUUGCCAAGUCUCAUCUUGAUCCUCUGGUCUACGGCGAGGAUGUUGCCGAAUUCAAACCGGAGCGCAUGUUUGACGACAACUUUAACCGCCUUAACAAGGAAUUCCCCAACUCUUGGAAGCCGUUCGGUAACGGUAUGAGGGCUUGUAUUGGUCGCCCUUUCGCAUGGCAAGAGGCUCUCCUUGUGAUGGUCAUGCUACUUCAAAACUUCAACUUCGUUUUGGACCCGAACUACACUUUCGGUGUCAAACAGACUCUCACAAUCAAGCCGAAGGAUAUGCACAUGCGUGCCAUUUUGAGAGAUAAUCUCACACCGACGACAUUGGAGCGUCGUCUCGCUGGUCUCGCUGAGCCAGAGAAGACCGCUUCCAAUGGCACCGCUAAUGGAGCCGCCAAUGGCACUACCACACAGAGCGAGGGCGAGGGAGGAAAGCCACUGACAAUUCUCUACGGCUCCAACAGUGGUACUUGCGAGGCUCUGGCCCAACGGGUCGCAUCGGAUGCUUCGUCUCAUGGCUUCCGUGCCACCAAGAUCGACUGUUUGGAUAGCGCCAACGGAAGUCUCCCAACUGACCAGCCCGUCGUCAUCAUUACGGCAUCUUACGAGGGUCAGCCUCCCGACAACGCCGGCCAUUUUGUGGCAUGGAUCGAGGGCAUGGACAAGGAGAAGUCGCCGCUCAAGGGCGUCUCCUACGCCGUCUUCGGAUGCGGCCACAAGGACUGGGUGCAGACUUUUCACCGUAUUCCCAAACUCGUUGACAACACGCUUGAGCAGCUAGGUGCUACCCGCCUGGCUGAUGUUGGCCUCACGGAUGCCUCUACUGGUGAGGUUUUCACCAACUUUGAAACUUGGGAGGAUGAUAUUUUGUGGCCGGCGUUGACGAGCAAGUACGACACUACAACCGCUGAUGAUAGCAAGACCAAGGGAGUCAACGUGGUCAUUAGCAACCCUCGCACAUCAGCGCUCCGUCAAGAUGUGAAGGAGGCUUCUGUUGUCAAGACCCAGACGCUCACCAAGGGCGGAGACCCUAAGAGCAUCAAGAAGCAUAUCGAGAUCAAGAUACCUGAGGACAUGACUUAUACGGCUGGCGACUACCUUGCGGUUCUCCCGAUUAACCCCAAGGAGAGCGUGCACCGCGCGAUGCGACGCUUUCACCUUGCGCGCGAUGCUCACCUCAGCAUCAAGACCGACGGGCCUACAUCGCUGCCCGUUGACAGCUCAGUUCCCGCUAAUGACCUACUGAGCUCUUACGUCGAGCUCUCGCAGCCCGCUACCAAGAGGAACAUCCUUGUCAUUGCAGAGCAUGCAAAGGACGAAGAGACAAAGUCCGCACUGAGCCGCCUUGCGGGAGAUGCUUAUGCGGAUGAGAUCAGCGCCAAGCGCGUUUCUGUUCUGGACCUGCUUGAGCGUUACCCGUCGAUCGACCUACCCAUCGGUGUCUUCCUUUCGAUGCUGCCGCCUAUGCGCGUCAGACAAUACUCCAUCUCUUCGUCUCCCAUGGCUCACCCCUCCAACGUCACGCUCACUUUCUCCGUCCUUAAUGAGCCAUCCCUCUCAGGCCAGGGCCCAUACAUCGGCGUUGCCUCCUCUUACCUGGAUUCACUCGCCGCGGGCGAUACUCUGCAUGUCGCCAUCCGCCCGUCUCACGCCGCGUUCAGUCUCCCUUCUGACCCCGAGAGAACCCCUAUGAUUUGCGUUGCUGCCGGUACCGGUCUCGCUCCUUUCCGCGGCUUCAUCCAGGAACGCGCGACCAUGAUUGCCGCGGGUCGCACCCUGGCACCUGCACUUCUCUUCUUCGGCUGCCGCUCGCCCGACCAUGACGACCUUUACCGCGAGGAAUUCGAGCAAUGGGAGGCUGCCGGUGCUGUCUCUGUUCGCCGCGCCUACAGCCGUGACAGCGACAAGAGCGAUGGUUGCAAACACGUGCAAGAUCGCAUGUGGAAGGAUCGCGAAGAACUAGUUGACCUCUGGAAGCAGGGUGCGAAGGCGUACGUUUGUGGUUCCCGUGGCGUGGCCGAAUCGGCCAAGGAGACCAUCAUCAAGAUCAAGGUCGAGAUGGAGCAAGCCAAGGGUGAGGAGACGGACUCGGAGCAUGUCAAGGAUUGGUUCGAAUCGUUGAGAAAUAUCCGUUACGUCACGGAUGUGUUUGACUAG